GGGACACCCGCGGCCGCCGGGGCCACUGCGGCACUCCUUACCCCCUUCCGGAACGGGAAUUGUCGUGUGCACGAGUUGACGAAAUUGGGGAAGUUGGCCCUGGAGAAGGAACUUGGGGGCUGUGGCGCGGCGCGCGCAGCUCACGCUCAAACUGGAAAGAACCUGUUCUGCCCGCGGAACCGCUACGGCCGCCGGAGACCAUCGCCGGCGACCCUCAUCCCACACCCCAAAUCCUCAGGACGCGGGUGGGACUGGAAGUGCGGAGGAGCUGGGAGGAGGAAGACGGUCAGGGAGUGCUGGCAGAAAGGGUGCAGACGCCCCCAAACAAGUCCGCGGUCCCCACUAACGGCUCGGGCCCACGCCCUAAGGAGUUAAACCUUUCUCAUGUUACCCAGCGGCUUAUAAGGAGGGGAGGCCAAGCCUACGCCUUAUUGGGAGCCUGUGGGGUUUAUUCUCUGCCCUUCUAACUUGAUUAAGAAUGACUGAGAAGAAAUCACAGCUUUGUUCCAGAGCCAAUGUAUAUACCCAAGUGCCUGAUGGAGGAUGGGGCUGGGCAGUAGCUGUGUCUUUUUUCUUCAUUGAAGUCUUUACCUAUGGUGUCAUCAAGUCAUUUGGUGUCUUCUUUAAUGACUUAAUGGACAGUUUUGAGGAAUCUAAUAGUAGGAUCUCAUGGAUAAUAUCGAUAUGUGUGUUUUUCUUAACAUUUACAGCUCCCCUGUCCACUGUCCUGAGCAGUCGUUUCGGACACCGCCUGGUGGUGAUGGCCGGAGGGCUGCUUGUCAGCACGGGGAUGGUGGUGGCCUCCUUUUCCCGCCAGGUGUACCACAUGUACAUCUCAAUUGGCAUCAUCUCUGGUUUGGGAUACUGCUUUAGCUUCCUCCCAUCUCUCACUAUUCUGUCACAGUACUUUGACAAAAGACGUUCGAUGGUCACUGCAGUUGCUUCUACAGGAGAAUGUUUUGCUAUGUUUGCUUUUGCACCAGCAUUCACGGCUCUGAAGGAGAACAUCGGCUGGAGAUCCAGUCUCCUCCUCGUGGGCCUACUACAGUUGAACAUUGUCAUCUGCGGGGCGUUGCUGAGGCCAAUUAUAAUCAGAAGACCAGGGUCACCGAAAGUAACGGGACACGAAAAUCCAAAAGAAGUACAUUACAUGCUUGAAAACGAGAAAACGCGCACCUCAAUCGAUUCCAUUGACUCAGGAGUAGAGCUAACUACCUCACCUAGAAACGUGCCUAGUCACACGAACGUGGAACUGGACCCGAAGGCCGACGUGGAGCAGCGGAUCCUGGAAGAGACCGGCUCCGAGCACAGCGACGACAAAGGCCCCUUGUUGGACUUCUCAGUCUUGAAAGAGAGAAGUUUCAUCUGUUACGCGUUAUUUGGUCUCUUUGCAACAUUGGGAUUCUUCGCCCCUUCCUUAUACAUCAUUCCCUUGGGCAUCAGUCUGAACAUCGAAGAGGACCGAGCUGCUUUUCUGUUAUCGACCAUGGCAAUCGCGGAGGUUUUUGGGAGAACUGGAGCUGGUCUGGUCCUCAACAGCCAGCCCAUCCGUAAGAUCUACAUUGAACUCAUCUUCGUCGUCUUGUUGACUGUGUCCCUCUUUGCCUUUACUUUUGCUACUGAAUUCUGGGGUUUAAUGUCCUGUAGCGUGUUUUUCGGCGUUAUGAUCGGAACGGUCGCGGGCACCCACAUUCCACUGCUCGCUGAAGAUGAUGUUGUGGGGAUCGAGAAGAUGUCUUCUGCUGCUGGAGUCUAUGUCUUCAUCCAGAGCUUAGCAGCACUAGCUGGACCACCCCUUGCCGGUCUGCUGGUGGACCACAGUAGGAUGUACAGCAGAGCCUUCUACUCCUGUGCGGCAGGCAUGGCCGUGGCUGCCGUGUGCCUCGCGUUCGUGCGACCGUGUAAAAGGGGACUGUGCCGGCACCCUCGUGCCGGUGAAGGGAAGGCCGAGAGUUACCACGGGAGAGCUGUACAGGACACACCUGAGGACUUCCUUGAAAUGGACCUUGGGAAAAACGAGCAUAAAGUUCCUAUGAAAACGGAGCCAGAAUGACGGCUUUCCUCUAACAGCAGCCACCCUGCUGGCUGGCUGGGCGGGGCUGUCUGGGGGACACAGUGGUGCAGAGGAGCUAACCACGGCACCCAUCUUCAAAACGACAUUUCAGAGGGAAUGUACAUACGAACACCACUACCAACAUCCUCUUCUCGAUGUUUAAGUUUUCCUUUUCGCUUGUUCUUUAAGCCAAAACAAAAACAACCAAAUAUUCUUCCAUACCUAAAUCCGGCUGUAUUCCGUAGCAAUACAAAGACACACAGAAGGACUGUGGUUCACAUUCCGAUUUGAAAAUAGUGACAUAAACGGAGAAGUGGUUUUAAGAGCUCUCACAUAUAUAAACUGCUGUACUGUCAAACAAUAGCGAGCCCAGGUCAUUGAAAUUGGCCAUUCAAAAAAAAAAUCUUAAAUCACUCGUAAAAUUCCUCAGUUUCAGAGAUAUGAGCACAUUCUUUAAAACCCUUUGAAAAAUACAGAGGUUUGCAUUAAAAACGUAUAGCCUCUUCAUUUCCCAAAUAUUCAGUGGAAUGACGUACACUUUAAGACCAAACAUUUGGCUAAUAUGUGGGAAUCUAUAUAUCUACAUAUAAACUUGAAACUCAUGAAUGUGAAGAUCCCCACUUCUUUUUAUAGCCAGUCAUUACCAGAAGUAUUUCACACAGAAUAUAAAGAAUAGCAUUCAAAAAUGCAUUUCCUGUUGCUUUUAAUUAUUCAGAAAUAUGUGAUUGUAGUGUCUUUAAUUUAAACCACUAUUUAUUAUUAAGUUAUUCUAGGAUGAUUAAAGUAGUCAAAAGAAAUAUAAUCUGGGACAUAAACAUCAUUUUUACCUCCCUUCUGUAAUCCUUUAAAGGCCUCAAAGAAUUACUACUUCUCUAGUAAAGUUACUCCAUAAGGCCAAGUUGUAAUGAUUCUUCAAUUUGAUUAAAGGCAACAUGCUAUUUAUGGUGGGAAAAGAAUGAAUAGCAAAUUGCCUUAGCAUUUUAAAAUAAUGUUUUAUUACCUAAGAAUACUUGAGGAUCUUCUUUGAUCAGAAUUAUAUUUCAUCGAAUUGUUGAAGCAUUUCUGAUUUUAACAAGAAAACCAUCUAACUGCUGAAGCAUUUCUGUAUUGCACAUGGGGCAGCAGGGACUUUAUUUUACCAUCAUGAGUAACAGGUUGCAAUUUACAUCUUGUAUAAACUUUGAUUGCUCUAAGUUGCCAGAGUUUUCAGGUUAACUUAUCAUUGGGUUGAUUUUUUUUUUUUUCAGUUACACUAUAUGUAGAGUAUUUCUCAUUUUAGCCAUUUUCUGUAAAGAAGGCACGUGUGAGGAUAACAAGUGGGUUACUACUCCUGUGUACUGAAUCUCACUCUACAGGUGAUGGUCAUUGCUCGCUGCUCCAUCCUUAUUCAUCUUCACUGUUAAUUUAUGACAACUCAGGGGGAAACAAUAUAACAAGCCUAGUUUGGUUACAGGUACACAAAGCUUGAAUAUUUCUCUGCACUGAAAUGGAAGUGGCAUAGUUCAACACCACCUGCUAUAUUUUGUACAGAAUUUUAUCAGCCAUAGAAAUAGGACAAUCUGUAAAUCUUUGGGGGGGGUGGCACAGGAAGUGACACAGUGUCCAUCAAAAAAAGACACACCUAAAACAAGGUGGAUGUAACAGAUCGCUGUCACUGCUUGAAAAGGACUGAGCUUGUGACAGUGUUGCAGACUUACAUGACUUCAGCACUUUAUAACGAUUUUUACUAUGAAUGUUAAAUAUAGUUUAAUAUUUAUAACUGACUUCUGAGCUGUGUGCUCUCUGUCCAUUCUGUUAACCGCAUGAGAAACAUGUAUGCCGAUUUCAGUUUGUCAAUAAUCAAGGUUUUAAAUGUUUGGAAGAAGAUUUAAAACAGGAUUGCUAAUUUGUUCUGUACUAGGGACAUUCUGGUACUUCUAGAUUUGCAAUAAAUG